AUGGCAGUCUUGAUCUUUGACCAUGAUGGGCAGGAUGACAUUAGUCAGAUCCGCACUAAGUUCUAUGUCGAUCUAUCUCCUAUCCAACACAAUCCUAUCGAAGGCCCUUCUCCUGAAGAUGGAGCAAAUGUUCGAAAGUUUCUUGUGGGGGUUGCACUCUGGUAUGGGAAGAUCUUUCGGUCGCAUCUCUUCGGGCAUCCUACCAUCGUAUCCUGCGAUGCGGAGUUUAAUUCGUUCAUCCUCCAAAAUGAGGACAGACUGUUCGAAAGUAGCUAUCCGAAGAACAUCCCUGGAGUCCUCGGCGAACUCACGUUGCUCUACGUGACAGGUUCCGAACACAAACGCCUGCGAGGGGUGGCCCUCGACCUUUUCGCGGGAAUGAGAACCAACGCCUCGUUCAUCUCCGAUAUCGAAGACAACGUCCUCCAAGUGAUGGACUCUUGGAAGAACAAGGAAACUUUGGUUUUCUGCGACGAAACCCGGAAGUUUACGUUCCGUGUGAUAGUAAAACAAAUUCUGAGCUUAAGACCGGAAGAUCCCGAGACUUCAGAAAUCCUCAGUAAUUUUAAGACAUUCAUGAGAGGGUUGGUUUCAGCCCCAAUCAAUAUCCCGGGGACACCAUACGCCAAGGCCAUACAAGCCAGACGGCAGAUACAGGAAAUAGUGAGAAACAUUUGGCAGCGGCGAGAGAGGGAAGAACAGCUGGGCAAAGGGAGGAGGGAUUUCCUUGAUGCAUUGAUAGCUGCUGAUAGGGUUUCAGAGGAAGAGGUGCUUAGUUUGGUGCUCGAUCUUCUACUUGGAGGAUAUGAGACUACUUCCAUGCUGAUUGCAGUUAUUGUGAAGUUUCUCAGUGUCAACCCAAAGAUGCUGAGUGAUCUCAAGGAAGAACAUCUCAUGGUGAGAAGAAGCAAACUUGAGAAUGAGCCUAUGGAAUGGGAUGACUACAAGAAAAUGGAAUUUACUCAGUGCCUCAUCAACGAAGCGCUUCGACUGGGGAGUGUGAGGCUCUUCUUCUUAUCUCUUGGUGGUGUAUUCAAUGAAGGGUACCACAUUCCUGCUGGGUGGAAAGUUCUGCCAAUAUUUAGCGGUGCUCACUUGGACCCUAACCUGCACCCAGAUCCCUUUCGCUUCGACCCAUCAAGAUGGCAGGAAUAUGAUGAUUGGUAUCGUCGACCUCUUUAUGUCCUUUUUCCUUAUGAGAGUUUUGCAAUCAGGAAUUGA